AUUCUGAAAAAUUGUGGGAGGUAACUCAAAUUUACGCAAACGGAGUUGCAGAAAUGCCUUUUCUUCGCAAGUUCCCAUUUUUCACAGAAGUUUACAGAUCAAACUGAAAGAGCUAGGGUUUUGGGUUUUCACUCUGUAAUGCGCAGGGUUUUUAUUCUUCGAUUCGAAACCGUAAUUCAACUCUGAACUCGCUCGAUUAAACUCAGUUAACCUGGAUUCGUGAACUUGGAAAUGUACAGUGGGUCCAGCGAUGGCGAGAGCCACGAGGCCGCCCAGAAGAAAAUCCCGCCGGCUUCGUCAAUGUUGUGGGUCCGUAAUCUCCGACGGUACAUCGGAUCCGGUGCUGGACUAGGAUCCGAAGCCCUAAUGGAGCUUGAGACAAAGAGGAUCUUGCUUGAUAUUUUCAAAGAGAAGCAACAAAAAAGUGCUGAAGCUGGCACAAUACCCAGUUUCUAUAAGAAGAAACCUGAAGAAGGAUCAAUCAGUCACAGGGUCCAAAGGUUAGCAAAAUACCGGUUUUUAAAGAAGCAAUCAGAUCUUUUGCUUAAUGCUGAUGAUCUGGAUGCAAUGUGGGUUUGCUUGAGGGAAAACUGUGUUAUUGAUGAUGCCACUGGUGCAGAAAAGAUGAAUUAUGAAGAUUUUUGCCACAUAGCCUCAGUAUGUACAGAACAAAUAGGCCCCAAAUGUCGACGCUUUUUCAGCCCGUCUAACUUUAUGAAGUUUGAGAAAGAUGAAUCUGGAAGAAUUGCCAUUUUGCCCUUUUACCUUUAUGUGAUGCGCACAGUGUCACUCACACAGGCUAGAAUAGAUAUGAGUGAGCUUGACGAGGAUUCAGAUGGUUUUCUCCAGCCGCAUGAAAUGGAGGCCUAUAUACGAGGUCUUAUUCCUAAUUUAGCACAACUACGUGACAUGCCUGCAAAAUUUGUUCAAAUGUACUGCCGCAUAGCUGCACACAAAUUCUUCUUCUUUUGUGAUCCUCAUAGACGAGGGAAGGCCUGCAUAAAGAAGGUCCUUCUUAGUAAUUGUCUUCAGGAACUAAUGGAAUUGCAUCAGGAAAGUGAGGAAGAAGUAACUGACACUGAACAAGCUGAAAAUUGGUUUUCUUUGACUUCUGCACAACGCAUAUGUGAUAUGUUCCUUGCCCUUGAUAAAGAUAUGAAUGGAACAUUGAGCAAGCACGAGCUUCGAGAGUAUGCAGAAGGGGCUCUCACUGAAAUUUUUAUUGAAAGAGUAUUUGAUGAGCAUGUCCGCCGAGGAAAAAGUGGAGGAGGAAAUGCUCGGGAGAUGGAUUUUGAAAGCUUUCUCGACUUUGUUUUAGCCCUAGAAAAUAAAGACACUCCAGAAGGUUUAGCAUAUUUGUUCCGUUGCCUUGAUCUUAAUGGACGGGGAUACCUAACGACGGCUGAUAUUCACUGUCUUUUCAGAGAUGUACACCAGAAAUGGAUUGAGGGUGGAAACUACGAGUUAUGUAUUGAGGAUGUUAGGGAUGAAAUCUGGGAUAUGGUCAAGCCAAAGGAUCCACUCAGGAUUACCCUGUCUGAUCUGCUUUCGUGUAAACAAGGUGGGACUGUAGCCAGCAUGUUGAUCGAUGUGCGUGGUUUCUGGGCCCAUGAUAAUAGAGAAAAUCUUCUCCAAGAAGAGGAAGAGCCUGAAGAAGAAUGACAGAUGUGUGCUACUGCUACCCAAAGCUUGCUUUUCAUGAACUAACACCAAAUGGUUCUUAACUUGUAUUGCGCACUGGCAGGAUUUCAAUUGGCUUGUGAUGUAUCUUGUUAGCUAAUGUUAUGUAAAAAGAUGUAGCAAUUGAUACAUGCUCAUGGUUAACAUUUACUAUAGUAGAUUUGUUUGUAAGUUGCAUGAUUUCCAAUAACAUUCCCCUUCUAUAGAGUUAACUCGUGCGGCAAGGCGCCUGUGUACCUUGAUUAA